AUGGCGUCGUCGCUUUCCGCAUCGCUAUCUCACUUCUCUCGCAUUUCACUGAACUCCAACACUUCUCUCCAGCACGAGAGCACCAAGAUCCCUGAAUCUCAAUGCCAUCCUUUCCUCCUCUCGCGCCGCUUCAACUCUCUCCGAAAGGGUAUUGCUUUACCUCAGCGACGAGAGUCACCGAGCACCAGGAUAUGUGCUUCAUUAACAGAUGUUUCUCUGGAUUUGACAGUGAAUGAAAAACAGCUUUCAAAAGGAGAAUCUUGGUCUGUUCACAAAUUUGGUGGAACUUGUAUGGGAAGCUCGCAAAGAAUAAAAAAUGUUGCUGACAUAGUUCUUAAUGAUGAUUCAGAGAGGAGAUUGGUGGUUGUCUCUGCAAUGUCUAAGAAGCACAGCUCAACUGCACAUGACAUACUUGAUGGAGACAAUCUUGCUAUUUUCUUGUCUAAAUUGCAUGAAGACAUCAACAACCUUAAGGCGAUGCUUCGGGCAAUAUACAUAGCUGGUCACGCGACGGAAUCCUUUGCAGAUUUUGUUGUAGGACAUGGAGAAUUAUGGUCUGCCCAGAUGUUGUCUCUAGUUAUCAGGAAGAAUGGAACUGACUGCAAAUGGAUGGAUACAAGGGAAGUUUUGAUUGUUCAUCCUACUAGUUCUAAUCAAGUUGAUCCCGACUACUUGGAAUCUGAGCAAAGACUUGAGAAAUGGUACUCUCGGAAUCCAUCAAUUAUGGGCUCUUUACUUAGAGCUGGUCAGGUCACAAUUUGGACAGAUGUAGAUGGUGUGUAUAGUGCGGAUCCUAGAAAAGUCAGUGAAGCUGUGAUUUUGAAGACAUUGUCUUAUCAAGAGGCAUGGGAAAUGUCUUAUUUUGGAGCUAAUGUUUUGCAUCCCCGCACAAUAAUUCCUGUCAUGAAAUAUGGCAUACCCAUUUUGAUAAGGAAUAUCUUCAACCUUUCUGCUCUUGGGACAAAGAUAUGUCACCCUGCUGUUAAUGAUGAUGAAGAUAGGGCGAAUCUGCAAAAUUUUGUCAAAGGAUUUGCAACUAUAGACAACUUGGCACUUGUAAAUGUUGAGGGAACUGGAAUGGCCGGUGUUCCAGGUACAGCAAGUGAUAUUUUUAGUGCAGUCAAAGAUGUUGGAGCUAAUGUUAUCAUGAUAUCUCAGGCUAGUAGUGAGCAUUCUGUAUGCUUUGCUGUUCCCGAGAAGGAAGUAAAAGCUGUUGCCGAGGCAUUGCAAUCAAGAUUUCGUCAAGCUUUGGAUAAUGGGCGUCUUUCUCAGGUUGCAAUUAUCCCGAAUUGUAGCAUUUUGGCGGCUGUUGGCCAGAAAAUGGCAAGCACUCCUGGAGUUAGUGCCACCCUUUUCAACGCAUUGGCCAAGGCCAGUAUAAAUGUCCGUGCCAUAGCACAAGGUUGUUCUGAGUAUAAUAUUACUGUUGUUGUUAAGCGGGAGGAUUGUAUAAAAGCUUUACGGGCUGUCCAUUCUAGAUUUUAUCUCUCAAGAACCACCAUUGCAAUGGGCAUUAUUGGACCGGGAUUAAUUGGGAGCACACUUCUUGAUCAGCUAAGGGAUCAGAUUGCACUUGAGCAAAGUUACGGUUAUUGA